AUGGGCGCGUGCCUGUCGUCGCCCAAGGGCGACGAUGUGUCCGCAUCGUCCGCGCGGACGUUCGUUGGAGCGUCCGCGAAGCAUGCGGGGGCGGGCGAUGGGUCCGCCGCGCUGGUAGACGUGCCGCUGGACUCACCGAGGGCGGACAAGGGCACCCCGGCGCCCAACCCCGAGGCGGGUGCCGUCGCCUCCUCGACGGGCGUCGAGGAGGAAGCGAUCACGGUGGACGAGGUGAAUCCGUUCGUCGAUUGCGUCCGCGGCAUCGAUGGGGAGAUGCUGGCGGGAAUGAUGGAGGCGGUCGCGAGCGUCGCGAGGCACGACGCGCUGACGGCGACCGUCUCCACACGCGUCGAUGCCGACGAGGAUGAGGAGAUUCGUUCCGAGCCCGACACCCUCCCCGACGACGAGCCGGAGGUUGACCUAUCGCUGUCCGAUUCCGACCACGACGCCGAGGAGGAGGAAGAGGCCAGGCGAAGGGAUGCGAUGGCGGAGGAGGCUCGACGCAUCGAGGAGGAGGAGGCGAGGCGGCGAGAGGAGGAAGCCGCGAGGGAGGCUAGGAAACGGGAAGAGGAGGCGAGGCGACUCGAGGAAGAGGCUGCCGCCGCCGCCGCCGCAGCAGCAGCAGCCGAGGAGGAAGACGCCAGACGACGAGAGGCUGAGGCUGAGGCGGCGGCGGAAGAGGCGAGACUCGCCGCAGAGCGCGAUGCCGAGAAGCUCAGGGCGGAAGAGGCUGCCAGGGCGGAAGAGGCUGCCAGGGCGGAAGAGGCUGCCAGGGCGGAAGAGGCUGCCAGGGCGGAAGAGGCUGCCAGGGCGGAAGAGGCUGCCAGGGCAGAGGAGGCCGCCAGGGUCGCCGCUGCGGCUGCGGCGGCGGCAAUCGCCGCCGCCGCCGCCAAGGCCCGCGCCGAGGAAGAGGCGCGCAUCGCGGCCGAGGAAGAAGCCGCAGCGGCGUGGGAGAGGGCCAAGGAGUCCGCCAGACGGAGAGCGGCGGAGAAGGCCGCCGAGGAGGCUGCGAAGAUACGAGCGGAACAGGAGGCGGAGGCUGCGAGGAUACGCGCGGAACGGGAGGCGGAGGCUGCGAAGAUACGAGCGGAACGGGAAGCCGCCGAGGACCAAAGCUCGAGCAGCGAGUACCAAAGCUCGAGCUCCGGCGAGUACACCGACGACGACGACGACGAGUUCGCGUCCGUCGCCUCCUCCGUCCCGCCGCCCCACCCGGACACCCAGACGGUCGACGCCAACGUCGCCGAGGUGAAGGGCCGGUCCAAAUCCUCCCCGCCGCCGACGCCGCGCGUCCGCGGCAACGCGUUCACCCCCCGCGCGGGCGGCAGCGUCUCCUCGCGAGGCUCGACGCCGAGGACGUUCGGACACCCGACCCCGAGAAGCGGCGGCGGCGGCGGGGUCGGGUCCGCUUCGAUGACGCCGCGGGGGGUGGCGUCGCCGAGGUCGGCGUCGUCGGGGGGGACGUCGCGCGGUCCCACCCCGAGGGGCUGGGGCGUCGUCGGGGCCGGGGCGUCGACCUACGCCGGCGUCGUCGUGCUGUACACCGCGAGCGGCGAAACAAAGGCGGAGAAGAGUUCGAGUUCGAAGACGGACUCGAAGAGAAAAGGAAAAGGACGACCCCUGCGCGAGCGUUGCAGGGACGUGCGAGCGGCGUUGGUCGCCCUCGGCGUCGACUUUUUGGAGCGCGACGUGUCGAUGCGCGAGUCGCACGCCGAGGAGCUGGUGACGAGGCUAAAAACACGUUCCGGGUCGGCCCCCGGUGGAUUCGAACCCGGGACGUCAACGACGCCCGCGCUCUUCGCCGACGACGAGACGGUGGCGGUCGGCGUCGAGCUCGAGGACCUGGCGUCGGACCGCGACGCGCUGCGCGGGGCUCUGGCGGAGGCGGUCACGCGGGCGGGCGCCAAAGCGCGGGGGGACGGUGGGGGCGGCGGGAACGGCGGGGGCAAAACGGCGGCGUGUGGCGCGUGCGGCGGGACGAAGCUCAUCGCGUGCGCGCACUGCGACGGGUGCAUGCGGAUACUCAUGCGCGACGCGACGAGGGGGGUGGACGUGGAGCGGCGGUGCCCGUGGUGCAACGAGGUGGGCAUGCAGGAGUGCGCCGAGUGCGGAUAG